UUCUCUGAUCUCGACUCCUUCAAAAUCGCACAUUUUGCUUGUGGAGAGCAUAACUUACGCAUCACCAAAGGAAUCCCUCCAGAUGCGUUCGACGAGUCCCUUGCAAUUGAUUUACCAGGCAUUGAUGAGGAUAUGGAGGCUUUAUACAGUAACCAUUUUUCGAACGCCUCUUCGGCACUACAGCUAUUCUAUCCGGAGAACUCAAUCAAUCCCGCAAACUGGCCCCAGGGCGGCGCUGAUUUCUAUGCGACACCGCUUCCACUUGCCGACGCUUCCAAUGUCACUCUGGAGUACAGUGUCUUCUUCCCAAAAGGGUUCGAUUGGGUGCAAGGUGGGAAGUUACCCGGGUUGUAUGGUGGACAUAUGACUUGUUCCGGUGGAGACGACGCUUCGUUGUGUUUUAGUACACGCCUGAUGUGGAGAGCGGGAGGGUCUGGAGAACUAUACCUGUACGCCCCGAAAGACAGGCAGACGUAUGCACUCUGUCAUGCUCCGCCACAGUCUGUUUGCAAUGCGGAGUACGGACUUUCUGUCGGGCGAGGCUCUUUUAAAUUCACUCCAGGUGCCUGGACAAGUGUACGUCAGACGGUCACUCUGAAUACGCCUGGAAAGCAAGACGGAACUUUCCUACUUGAGGUGAAUGGUAAGACUGUGAUGGACCGCCAUGACGUUUACUACCGCGACGAAGCACCAUCACCCACUUCCACUUUCUUUGGAGGGAAUUCUAAAGACUUUGCGACUCCGAAAGACCAGUACACCUGGUUCAAGGACUUUGCCAUUACUAUUAAUGCAUAA